ACUGGUCACGUGACAGCAGGGGGACGUAACUUAGUAAUGUUGUUGUUAGUGAAAGAAAAGAGGGCGUGCGCGUUAGCGAUCGACCGCUACAAGCAGACUGGAAACAUGGAGUAGGUGCGACGACAGGAUUGGUGAGAGACGUCCUUCGUUUCGUGGACAGCCUGAGACGCCUGUGGGGGGAGAGUUGGACCACUCCGACCCAGCCUCUGCUGCGACCAGAGAGCCGACAAGUGGCGACCGGAGCAGCGCCGAUAUUCACGACCAAGUCCAUCCUGAGAAGAAAGUCUGGUUCAUCUAACUGCCUGUUCUCUGGUUCUCCUCCUCAUGGCCAAGUCCAAAGACCCACUUUAGCUCAAGCAUAGGAAGUCCACGUGUGGCCUUCAUGAAUUUUUUGCAGACAUCUGUAGUGGACGUGAAGAACAGCCUACCAUCAGGCAUGCAGAGUCCAGCAGGAACAACCCCCGAGCUUGGAGGAGGAGAGGGAGAUGGCAGUGGUGUUCCUGUAGAAAGCUCAGGUGGAGGCCCAGUGGACUUGAGGACAGAGCCCAGGGUCGGGGGGUCUCUGUCCAGCAGUGUGGCGAUGGACACCACCCUCAAAGAGCAGCAGCUUCAGCAGGAGCUGGUGCUUCUCAAACAGCAGCAGGAGCUGCAGAAACAGCUGCUGUUUGCAGAGUUCCAGAAGAAACAUGAAAUUUUGACGAGACAACAUGAGGUCCAGCUGCAGGAACAUUUAAAGCAACAACAGGAGCUGCUGGCAGCUAAGAGACAGCAGGAGCUGGAGCAGAAGAGGAAGCUGGAGCAGCAGAGACAUGAAGAACAGGAGAAACAGAGACUGGAGCAACAUCUCCUGCUGCUGAGGAACAAGGAGAAGAGCAAAGAGAGUGCCAUCGCCAGCACAGAGGUGAAGCUGAAGCUGCAGGAGUUUCUUCUCAGUAAGAAAGAACCUGGACCUGGUGGACUCAACCAUUCCUUCUCCCUAAAGUGCUGGGGGGCCCAGCACACCUCUCUGGAGCAGAGCUCCCCCCCGCAGAGUAACACCCCUGGAACACCCCCCUCCUAUAAACUCCCGCCCCUACUAGGAAACUACGAGGGAAAAGAUGAUUUUCCCCUCAGAAAGACAG